UCAAGUGUAAAAGUAUAGCACGGCCUUACUUAUAGUGUACAACUCGCAUCUCGAGAUACCAAGUACGUUGUUAAAGUGGCAUUAUCAUUUAUUUCAAUGAGAUAUUGUACUCUACCAAAGAAAAAAGUGUUUUUAUUCCAUUAUUUAAACAUUCAGCUGGUCUUAAAAGUGGUGGUGCGUUUAAGUACGAACUAAUAUCCUACCUUGCGUUGCGUUUAGUCGUGCACAUGGUGCGUCAGGUAAGCAUGGUAGGCAGCGUACACUCGCGCACCAGAACCACGAGUACCACAAGCACCACCAGCAGUCUCAAGCGUCCUCCUGACAAGCGGAGGGCGCCGCCCUCUGUCACCACAAGGGGCGUCAGAAGACCGCACCUUCAGGAUGCCCGUCAGGUCACGCUUGCUUUCAAAGAGUUCGUCGCGCACUCUGGCGCCGUGAACUGCCUUGCACUGGGACACAAGAGCGGGCGGGUCUUGGCCACGGGUGGCGAUGACAAGAAGGUCAACUUGUGGGCGGUGGGCAAGCCCAACUGUAUAUUGUCGCUGUCGGGCCACACAACAAGCAUCGAGUGCGUGCGGUUCGGCGGGUCCGAGGAGCUGGUGUGCGCGGGGUCCCAGAGCGGGGCCCUCAAAAUAUGGGACCUGGAGGCCACCAAGAUCGUGCGUACUCUCACUGGCCACAAGUCCGGUAUCCGGUCCAUCGACUUCCAUCCUUACGGGGACUUUAUUGGCACGGGGUCUCUUGACACAAAUAUUAAGUUAUGGGACAUCAGAAGACGAGGCUGCAUUUUCACCUACAAAGGGCACAGCGAGGCCGUCAACGGCAUCAAGUUCAGCCCCGACGGCCAGUGGAUCGCUUCUGCCGGGGAGGACUCGAUCGUCAAGCUAUGGGACCUGCGGGCGGGCAAGAUGCUGACGGAGUUCAUGGGUCACCAAGGCCCCGUGCAGGACGUAGAGUUUCAUCCUCACGAGUUCCUGCUCGCCUCCGCCUCCCUCGACCGCACCGUCAACUUCUGGGACCUCGAGAAGUUCCAGCUCGUAUCUUCGUCCCACCCCGACACUGGUCCCAUUAGGGCGGUGUGCUUCGACCCGUCAGGAGAGCACCUGUACGCGGGUUGCCCGGACGUGCUGCGACUGUACGGUUGGGAACCCGCUCGCACCAUCGAUACUCUGGCCAUGGGCUGGGGCAAGGUGGCCGACCUCGCCGUGGCCAACACACAACUGAUCGGCGCGAGCUACCAAGGCACCAACGUCUCCCUGUACGUCGUGGAGCUACGACGUCUACAACAGACACAGCUGCAGCGAGGCUCUGUUGCAGCUGCUGCAGCACCUGCGCUCGACAACACCAUGAUGAUGAUGCAGCACCAGUACGGGCCUGGAGGAGUUGGCGGUAGCAACUUCCGUGCUGGAGCUGCCGUGCGCAAGAGCUUCAGUAAAGACAAGGACUACGCCAGGGCCAACGCGGAGCAGAUGAAGACAGAAGACGCGUCAGACACAGGGGGCGAAGAACCCCCUGAAGAGGACCCGCCUCCCAACAUCCUGAACCUCAACGCCCACCGCGAGGUCUUCGGCGCACACAGAGAACUGCAAAGAACGCCACCUCCUGAACCUCCUUCGUGGUCUAACAACAACGAGCCAGUGUCGGUGUCAGGGGAGGUGGUGGGUGGCAGCGCUACUCUACCACGGCGCGCCUCCACCUCCACUCCCUCCACCAUGCCUGCUGCCCUCCACCACAGACCCUUCACCGCACCCAGAGAGUCCCUCCACGCCUCACCCAUCACCAGGUCAGUGAGCAGCAGUACAGUCCCCCAGCAGGUGUCAGGGGGGCGUAGCGCCCCACCUGAGAGACGUGCAAGCGCUUACGACGCACCUGCCAUCUUUACCCCCUUGGCUGGCAGUGACGACGCUGGAGCUCACAGGCCGCGCGCCGUAUCCGAGAGUCGCCGUGCUGGCGUCGGCCUUCACGUCCAGCCCUCCAGGUAUCCCCUCCGCCACAGCCCCUCCGAGCCCCAGCUUGCGAUGGAGGGAUCAGCCCUGCUUCCCCCUACCAUGUCAGGAGGAAGCUACUCCCCCCACUCUCCCCCCAACUCCUUACCCCAGCUCACCCCUCGCCCUCCUGACGUCACCAACACGAGCAGGUCGCUGACAUCGAGCAAGCCUGACCUGACACAGCACCCGGCGUACCGGACGGGUACCCACCACAGUCCUGACCUCACCCGACAGGUGCUCGAGCAAUACCAUCAUCACCACCACAUGUCCCAGUCCGACCUCUCCUCCCACCGAACUCCUGUGAUGAUGAGCACCGCUCAGCAAAACUCCCGUAACUCCUACAACAGACAAGCAUCUCAGCCGGUCGAAAUUUCUUACAUGGGUACUCCUAAAGAAGAGCACCGGGCAUCUCAUCCUAAUAUAUCCUAUUUAGGUACACCCAAGGAUUAUGGUUACGUUAGCAGCAAGUACAGAGAGGACUCGACCUCACUCCUGCCUGAGAGAGGACCUAUGAAGUCCAUGAACGCCUUCGACGAUUGCUUGCCACUCAAACUUGGUGGCUUGUCGAUGGGACAAGAUCACGUGGGCACUUUAAACAUCUUGUCUGAAUCUGAAGUUUUAAGCUACAUAGCUAAAGGCCACACGCCAAUGUUGGGAUCUCUUGUAAGCCGAGCAAGGCUCCUUAGAACUGCGUAUUCCUUAUGGCAAAGUAAAGAUCUGCGAUCAGCAUUAGACAACACGCUGAGCGCAGCAGAUCUUUCAGCUAUCGUAGAUCUACUAAACGUGAUCAACCAGCGUCCUUUUAUCUGGAAUUUAGACAUAGUGACGACUCUUUUACCUUCCGUCAGUCAGUUGUUGCAAAGCAGACACGAGUCUUACGUGACCGUGGGCUGCAACUCACUUAAACUUAUGCUCAAAAAUUUCGGGUCUAUGAUUAGAAGCAAUAUGUCGGGACCUGUACACUCAGUCGGCGUGGACAUAUCACGCGAAGAGCGCAGGAACAAAUGUAUUGAGAGCUACAACAUGAUGAUGUCCAUACGAGCUCUUGUACAGAAGCGUCAAACUCUAUCCGGCACUCUGGGCCAUACAUACAGAGAGCUCUAUAUCCUCAUGCAGGUCUUUGAUUAAUUUUUGCGGCGCGUUGAAAUAGAUCUUAUAAUUCUUAUUGUGUACUAACGGAUCAACGCACGGUGACUUUGGUCGAUGAUUACUUGAGGAAUUUUGACCAGAUCUCUCGUGGGGGUUUUUAACAUCAAGGUUUCGGUGAAUAAUUAAUCAUCUUUCAUCUUAUAAUUCUUUCCUACCUUUUCUAAGAGAUGAUAAAGCAUUUUUUCGCGUGCUUUUAGCUUAGAAAUAGUGCGAGUCUUUUUAAGACUUGUAUGGUCUUUAAGUCAUCCUAUUUGUUGCUUGAUUAGAUCGUGGCUGAUCUGUGAUUAAAUAUUGCAACCAACUCGAGGAAUUUGAAGCCGAUGCUGCGCCUUUUAUACCCAUGUGUGUAACGUGACUGUGGAACAUGUUACUGUGUCUCGUGAUGAGAUUAAUAAUUCAUGCACUGUCCCGUGCAUUCGUAUUCGACAAUAUUUUUGAAUAUGUCAUGGUGAUUCUCUCCAGUCUGAGAUGAAAUACGGCAAUGCAUCAUUUAGUUGUAAGCCCACAUGCAGCUCGCUAUUUCUGCUUCUCCAAUUUAGUCUUCGUUUUAUGAAUAGAAGAGCUACUAGACAAGUCAUAGAAUAGUUAACCAAUUUUGUAGCCACUUCACUUGCAUCUCCGGUGCUGUCCGUGUCUUAUGCUGGGCUUCAUUUAUCUCCGGGGUCUGCCAUGUUCUGAAUAAAACUUUGUUGUGAUGAUAGUAGACCAGGGUCUGGGAUUUUAAGAUGAUACUGACAAGUAAUGUCUUGCUGGAGCUGCUUAUUUAACAUCCAAACUCUGAGCGUUUGUGCGCGUUUAUAAGCUUGUAGUUUCUUUUAUAACUUCGACGCUUAAUACACUGUUAGAUAAAACGGUGAAAAAACGGUCCCACCGGCAUCCUAGUGGCCG